AUGCCUAGAUCCCGUGUAAAUGGAAAUUUCAUUGAUAAGACCUCCUCAAUUGUAGCCAAUAUUUUAUUGCGAAUAAUUCCGACAACCUCAGGAGAAAAAAAGGCAUUUACUUAUUAUAGAGAUGGUGCGAUUAUGUUGGCUCAAUCCGAAGGAAAUUAUGCGGAAGCUUUGCAAAAUUAUUAUGAAGCUACGCGACUAGAAAUCGAUCCCUAUGAUCGAAGUUAUAUACUCUAUAACAUAGGCCUUAUACACACAAGCAAUGGAGAGCAUACAAAGGCUUUGGAAUAUUAUUUCCGGGCACUAGAACGAAACCCCUUCUUACCGCAAGCUUUUAAUAAUAUGGCCGUGAUCUGUCAUUACCGAGGAGAACAGGCCAUUCUACAGGGUGAUUCGGAAAUUGCGGAAGCUUGGUUUGAUCAAGCUGCUGAAUAUUGGAAACAAGCUAUAGCGCUUACUCCGGGAAAUUAUAUUGAAGCACAGAACUGGUUGAAGAUUACGAAGCGCUUUGAAUUUGAAUAA